AUGUAUCGCGCUCAACCUGUUGUUUCGCAGAUACUCGACGUAGAAGAUAAACGACGCAUAUACAAAAUUCAUAGGCAACAUCUUGCGGAAGCACAUCACUUAAUUGAUGUCAGCCAUCCACCACCUGUUCCGAGAAUUGAAUUAUACAAAAAAACACAAGCAAAAUUUCGGGCUAAUCAACUUGCAGUUAACGAAGAACAAUCAAAACUUGCACGAGAAUUAUAUGUAACUCAGAAAGAAAGGUCAGUUUCUGCAGCAUCUACAAAAUCUCGUUCAUCAGUCACCAAAAAUCCUGGCCAUACUAACUGGGCUGAUGAUUUAGCUAAAUGCGAAGAGAAAAUUAGCUUCUUGCCAUCUUACAAGAAUCCAAUUGGUCGUAAACAGGUUCCAGAUGAGGAACCAAUACCACAGGCUUCUUCUAAUAUUGUCAAUGAUGACGGCAUGAAAGUUGAUGACUACACUUCUCUUCAAAAUUCUCAAUCUCGCCCAUUAUCUAAUAUCUCAGCCAGAAGAGGACAGCCGAAGCCAAGCGUUAUUGUUCCAAAGAAGACAGCAGGUCAACCGGCAAACUCACCAACCAGUCCUAAGCCAGCUUCACCAAUUAGGACCAAUAAACCACCACGCCCAAUCAAGACAUCAUCUAAACCACCUACAACAACUAAACAAACAACUACAGUUACAAAGAAACCAUCUACAGCCACUACGAAAUCUCCACCAUCGAAAUUACCUCCAGCUAAGCCUAAAUCUAAGCCAAUCAGCCUUUCUGAAGCUAUCAACGACCAGCUUGAUAACAAGAAGAAGGAAGAAACCCCACGAAAGGAGGAAAAUCCAAAGGAGGAAUCAUUUGAUAAUUCGUUUGACCAUACAACAGAGAGCAACCACGACUCCUUUGAUGACCAUCCACAAAAGGAGGAAGAAAAGGCCCUCGAUCUUACAAACGCUGUCAAUGAAGCCCUUAAAUCCGAAAAUCCUCCAGAAGAGAAACAUGAAGAGCCAAAGAGCGAGGACAAUUUCGAUGAUUCAUUCGAGAAAUCACAAGAAGAAGCCAAACCAGAGGAAAAGAAAGAAACUCCAAUUGAUAAAUUACUUGAACCGAAACAAGACGAUAAAUCUACUGACAACUUCGAUGAUUCCUUUGAGAAAUCACACGAAGAAGAGAAACCAAAGGAAAAGUCAGAAGAUUCAUUCGAUAAAUCCGAAGAAACCGAGAAACCACAAGAAAAGGAACUUCCUAAAGGUCUUCUUAGCGAUGCCAUCGAGAAAGCCAUCGAAGGACCUAAAGAAGAAGAGAAAUCCAAGGAUGAUUUCGAAGAUUCCUUUGAAAAAUCACAAGAAGAAGAGAAACCAAAGGAAGAUGACAAGCCAUUCGAUGGUCUUGUCAAAGCAAUGGAAGAAGGCGCCAAGAAAGAAGAAAAACAAUCAGAAGAUUUCGAUGAUGAAUUUGACAAAGAAGAAAAACCAGAAGAAAAGAAGGAAGAAGUUCCAAAAGGAUUGUUAUCAAAUGCUGUACAAGAAGCUCUCGAUGAACCAAAGAAGGAAGAGUCGAAAGAUGACGCAUUUGAUGACGAAUUCGAUGACGAAAAGAAAGAAGAAGAAAAAGAAAAACCAUUUGCAAAUCUCGCAGACAAACUUGAAGAAGGCGCCAAACAAACAGAGCCUGAACAAAAAGAAGAAGAAAAAUCCAAAGAUUUCGAUGACGAAUUCGAUGAAAAACCAGAAGAAGAAAAACCAAAGGAAGAAGAAGUUCCAAAAGGUUUGUUAUCAAAUGCUGUUCAAGAUGCACUUGAAAAACCAAAGGAAGAAGAGAAAUCUAAAGAAGAUGCAUUUGAUGAAGAAAACUCUUUCGAUAAAGAAGAAAAACCUAAAGAAGAAGAACCACAAACAGGUGGAUUAUUAACAAAUCAUAUUAAUAAAGCUUUGGAUGAAGAGAAACCUAAAGAAGAAGAUUCAUUUGAUGACUUCGAUAAAGAAGAAGAAAAAGAAAAACCAAAGGAAGAAGAGAAACCAUUCUCUGGAUUGGCACAAGCACUUGAAGAAGGUGCAAAGAAAGAUGAUGAAGAAAAACCACAAGAAAAAGAAGAAGAAUCUAAAGAUGCUUUUGAUGAAGAAAACUCAUUUGACAAAGAAGAAAAAGAAGAAAAACCGAAAGAAGAAGAACCACAAACAGGUGGAUUAUUAACAAAUGCAAUCAAUAAAGCAUUAGAUGAAGAGAAACCAAAAGAAGAAGAUUCAUUUGAUGAUUUCGAUAAAGAAGAAAAACCAGAAAAACCAUUUUCUGGUGUUGCACAAGCAAUUGAAGAAGGUGCAAAGAAAGAUGAUGAAGAAGAAAAGCCAAAGGAAGAAGAGAAAUCUAAAGAUGCAUUUGAUGAAGAUUCAUUUGACAAAGAAGAAGAAAAAGAAGAGCCAAAGACAGGUGGUUUAUUAAAGGAUGCAAUCGAAAAAGCUGUUGAAGAAAAACCAAAGGAGGAAGAAGCUCCUAAAGGUUUAUUAUCUAAUGCAGUUAACGAUGCAUUAAAUGAACAACCAAAAGAAGAAGAAUUUAAAGAUGCUUUUGAUGAAGAAAACUCAUUUGACAAAGAAGAAAAAGAAGAAAAACCGAAAGAAGAAGAACCACAAACAGGUGGAUUAUUAUCAAAUGCAAUCAAUAAAGCAUUAGAUGAAGAGAAACCAAAAGAAGAUGAAUCUUUUGAUGAUUUCGAUAAAGAAGAAGAAUCCAAACCAUUUGGAGGACUUGCAAAUGCAUUACUUGAAGGUGCUCAGAAUAAUGAACCAGAACAAGAAGAAGAAGAAGAAAAGAAAGAAGAACCAAAAGAAGAAGAAAAAUCAAGAGAUGCAUUUGAUGACGAAGACUUUGAUGAUGAAAAGCCUAAAGAAGAAGAGAAGAAAGAUGAUCCUCCAGCUGGUUUAUUAUCAAAUGCAAUCAAUAGAGCUUUGGAUGAACCUAAAGAAGAGGAGAAAUCCAAAGAUGCUUUUGAUGAUGAAGAUUUCGAUAACGAAGAAAAGAAAGAAGUAGAAAAGCCAAAGGAGGAAGAAGCUAAACCAUUCGGUGGACUUGCAAAUGCAUUAUUGGAAGGAGCAAAGAAUAAUGAACCAGAAAAAGAAGAAUCAAAGGAAGAAGAGAAGUCAAGAGAUGCAUUUGAUGAUGAAGACUUUGAUGAUGAAAAGAAGGAAGAAGAGAAACCAGCGGAAGAACCGAAGAAGGAAGAAAAUGAACCACCAAAAGGACUCUUCUCUAACGCAAUCAACAAAGCUUUAGAUGAACCAAAGGAAGAAGAAAAAUCAAAAGAUGCUUUUGAUGAUGAAGAUUUCGACACAGAAGAAAAGAAAGAAGAAGAACCAAAGAAAGAGGAAGAAGAAGCUAAACCAUUUGGUGGACUUGCAAAUGCUUUACUCGAAGGAGCAAAGAAUAAUGAGCCAGAGAAAGAAGAAGAAAAGAAAGAAGAAUCAGAAACGAAGUCAAGAGAUUUCGAUGAAUCAUUUGAUAAAGAAGAAGAGAAACCUCAAGAAGAAGAAAAGAAAGAAGAAAAUGAACCACCAAAAGGACUCUUCUCCAACGCAAUUUCAAAGGCUUUGGAUGAACCUAAAGAAGAGGAGAAAUCUAAAGAUGCAUUUGAUGAUGAAGAUUUCGAUAACGAAGAAAAGAAAGAAGAAGAAAAACCAGCUGAAGAAGAAAAGCCAAAGGAAGAAGAAGCUAAACCAUUUGGAGGACUUGCAAAUGCAUUAUUGGAAGGAGCAAAGAAUAAUGAACCAGAAAAAGAAGAAGAGAAAUCAAAGGAUGCAUUUGAUGAUGAUAACUUCGAAGAUUUCGAUAAUGAAAAGAAGGAAGAAGAAAAGCCAAAAGAGGAAGAAGCUAAACCAUUAGGAGGAUUAGCUGCUGCAUUACUUGAAGGAGCUAAAAACAAUGAGCCAGAGCAUGAAGAAGAAAAGAAAGAAGAAUCAGAAACGAAGUCAAGAGAUUUCGAUGAAUCAUUUGAUAAAGAAGAAGAGAAACCAAAGGAGGAAGAAGCUCCUAAAGGACUCUUCUCUAAUGCAUUAAAGAACCUCGCUCCUGAAGAACCUAAAGAAGAAGAGAAAUCUAAGGAUGCAUUUGAUGACGAAGACUUCGAUAACGAAGAAAAGAAAGAAGAAGAAAAGCCAAAAGAGGAAGAAGCUAAACCAUUUGGUGGAUUAGCCGCUGCUUUACUUGAAGGAGCAAAGAACAACGAACCAGAGAAAGAAGAAGAACCAAAGGAAGAAGAGAAAUCUAAAGAAAAUGAAUCAUUUGAAGACUUUGACGAUGAAAAGAAAGAAGAACCAAAGAAGGAAGAAGAAGAAUCCAAACCAUUUGGAGGACUUGCAAAUGCAUUACUUGAAGGUGCUCAGAAUAAUGAACCAGAACAAGAAGAAGAAAAGAAAGAAGAACCAAAAGAAGAAGAGAAAUCAAGAGAUGCAUUUGAUGACGAAGACUUUGAUGAUGAAAAGCCUAAGGAAGAAGAAACUAAACCAUUUGGUGGAUUAGCAAAUGCUUUGUUAGAAGGCGCAAAGAAUAAUGAACCAGAGAAAGAAGAAUCAGAAGUGAAAUCAAGAGAUUUCGAUGAAUCAUUUGAUAAAGAAGAAGAGAAGCCAAAGGAGGAAGAAUCUCCUAAACCAGCUGAAUCCAAACCACUUGGAGGAUUGGCUGCAGCUCUUCUUGAAAACACAAAAGACAAAGAAGAAGAGAAAUCAAAAGAUGACGCUUUCGAUGAUGAUUUCGACAAAGAAGAAGAAAAGAAACCUUUGGGAGGUUUAGGAGCAGCAUUGAUGUCUAAUAUCAAAGACAAAGAAGAGGAAGAACCAAAGAAACCAGCAGGACUCGCAGAACAAUUACUAGGAACAACAAAGAAAGAUGAUGAAGAAGAAAGAAAGAAUUUGGAUGAAAUGAAAGGUCCUGAUUUCGAAGAAUCAGAUAUAAUGGGUGAUCAAAAGAAUAACUCUUCUUUCGUUGGAAAUAAUGAUGACUGGGACAUACAGUCACCAAAUUUAGAUUUGGGUGAACCAGAUCCAGCUUACGAAAAUGAUAUCGACAUCAAAGAUUGGGAUAACUAA